ACUCGUCUACACCCCGAGGAGCAUUCAAACACAUCGACAAACUUGGAUUUGACGACAGAAGCCUAUCAAAGCCAAAUGUGUCUAUUGCAGCAUUCAAAUAAAAUCCACAGACAACAGGCACCAGUGGCGCAGUCGCCUCCUGAGGCUUUUGCAACCAAAGCUGCUACAGUAACACACUCCGAACGAUGCAACCAAUACGGACGGAUCUGCGAAACACACGACAUCACCAAGGUAACCAUACCAGAUAAGACCAGAGAGCGCGUGCAGAGGAAACGUGCGGAGGUGCAGCGCAGACGACGAGGAUAUCCGAGAACCCAGGUAACCAUGGUGAAGCCAGGCGUGGGUGUGCGUGAGAAGAAGCUCCAGAGGGGGCGGCCGGAGGGGGACGGCUUUGACCACAUCCCCCUGAUGGGGGCCCUGGAGACGGGCAAGCUGCUGCCGCCUCCCCCUGACCAGGUCGUCGUGACAACCACGGCCUCGUCUCAGCUGCAGCAGGAGAAGACGAAGAUGAGCUUCCUCCCGAACGUCCCCCUCAGCAGGCACAUCCCCAACAACCUCUCCGAGAGGGUCAAGUUUACAGGCUUGUUUGUUGCCAUGGUGAUGCUGGCGAGUCUUCUCCUGCUGGUGAUGUACAAGUCUCUGUGGCUGGACCAGAUGAGAUGCCCUGAGGGCUUCGUCUUUAAGUCACAGCACUGCACCCCGGAGGCGCGCCUUAUGCACUCCGGCCAGCAGGGGGCGAUAUCUGCUCUGGGCCAGCAGGGCAGCCUGUACUCGGCGCUCGCCCGCGUGUCCCAGAGCAAGAGGCCCAUCCCCGAGCUGCUGCCCUCCUCCUGGCUGCCCAUCGUCAACGCCCUGAAGGAGGCCCAGCUGGCCAAUGAGGAGGCGGAACACGCCCACCAGUAAAGGGCCGUUCACACCAAGA